AUGGUUGUGGACAUAGCGAACUCGAAGCUUUCGUGGAAGACAGGGGAAGCAGAAUUAAUCGUUGAGACAACUUCCCCAACUGUGAACAAGCUAAGUGUUCUGCUCGAAAGUUAUUCAGACAUUUUUGUAAACGUGCCGAGCGAUCCCUUAGGCUUAACUACCAGGGCGGAACACGCGAUUGAUACAGGGGAUAGUCGCCCAGUGAAGCAAAGGCCCUAUCGGAUUCCCGUUCAUCUCAACAAAGUGGUGAACAAUCAGGUAAAUGAUAUGUUAGACAGAGGUUUAAUUCAACCUAGUAACAGUCCUUGGUCCUCGCCCAUCGUGCUAGCUCCGAAGAAAGACGGUGAUUACCGGUUUUGCGUUGACUUUCGACGUGUUAACUCCGUAACAAAGAAGGACGCUCAGCCAAUGCCCCGUAUCGACGACAUUCUAGACCAGUUGGGGGGUGCACAUUACUUCAGUACCCUAGAUCUCGCUUCCGGGUAUUGGCAG